ACAGAGUGAAAUGUAGCACGGUGGGAGACGCAGUCGAGCUGCUGCAGUCAAGCCGACACGAUGUUUUGGGAGGAUGUGCUUUAUGUGGCGAUACUUGUGUUCUGCGUAUUCAUUGGGGACUUUUAUAAACGGAUCGAGGGAGUACACGAGAAGCAAUGGAUAUGUACACUCUUGGGAUUUAUAUUAGCCACUACAGUUUCUGGAAGUCAUGUAAUUCACCCUAUAAUCUGUUCUGUGAUUAACGCGAUUAUUAUAACCAAGAUCUCUCCAAAAAAAUGUCACCUGGCUAGUUUCUUCUUUUCAUUCUUCUAUCUACUGUUCCUAUUUCGAUUAGGGACAUAUAUUGGUCUACCAGAAUCACCAUCCCACACAAAUCUUCUGCUUAUGAUAUUAACACUGAAAUUAUCUGGGCUAGCCUUUGAAGUAAAUGCAGCUGCCAGUCAACCAUCUGAUGAUCCAGAAGGUGUAAAUUCUGAUGCAUUGAAAAAUGUAGGAGUUCUAGAUGUGUUUCACUACGGCUUUAGCUACAUGGGAAUCUUGACUGGUCCCUAUUAUCGUUAUAGAACAUAUUGGGAUCAUUUGCAUAGACCAUUUUCUAAAUAUGUGGAUCCUAAGCCUCUUACAUACUCCAAGCUCAAACAAGUUGCAGCAUUUAUUGUGUUAUAUCUUAUGAUGAACGCGAGUUAUCCUACAAGAUAUGUCACCACAGAUGCAUUCGCAGAGAGAAGUUUUCUUUUCAGAUACUUCUACAUGUAUCCUACAUUUUUCUCUUUCAAAUUAAGAAUGUACAUUGGUAUGUCCUUAGCAGAAUGCGCUUGCCAAAUGGCUGGGCUUGGAGCAUAUCCCGUGAAGGCCAAUCCUGUUAUAGGACUAGGGCCUCGAGAUUACAAAGCCAUUGAAACUAUGACACACAAUGCACCCGGGGAGUUGAAAGAUGAAGAAUAUAAUUUCGAUACUGUGUACAAUAUGAAUGUCGCAAAAUUGGAAACAUGUCACUUGACAAGGACUGCUAUGAAAUCAUGGAAUGCUUGUAUCCAAUACUGGAUGGGUGUUUAUAUAUACAAAAGAUUCCCGUAUAAAAAUUUACGGACCUUAGCCACGUUCACGCUAUCGGCUGCUUGGCACGGUUGGCAAGCCGGUUACUACUUCUGCAUGUGUCAAAUUCCUUUAUUCUUGAUGAGCGAGGAUAUAGGAGUAAAGUUCUAUAAUCAAAGCAAGGAGGGAAGUUUGGCUAGAAUGGGUUGGCGCCUACUUUUGUGGUACGAGAAAACAACCUGCAUGGCAUAUUUAGGUGUGCCAUUCCUAUUGUUAGGGAUGGAAGAGUCGCUACAAUAUUACAAAAGCAUAUAUUUUGCGGGUCAUAUUUUAGCAAUUGUACUGUACGUAAGCUUCCGCUUUUUAAAACCCUAUAUAUUAAAACCCAUAGAAAAUAAGGCCAAGGACAACUAGUCUGCUACGCUAGUAUGGAAUAUAUUUAAAAUUGCAUGUACUUAUUUCCUCAGUAAUUCGAUCUGUCUUCUCUCUAAGAUAGCUUCUAGCAAUAGAGUUUUUUUUUAAGUACCAACUUUUUACGAAUUCUAGUAGCAUAUUAUUAACGCCAAGUUAAUAAUAUAUGAUUAUGUUACAAAAUACGUAUGUAUUACAUACUUUAAUAUUGUGAUUGAGCUAGUCAGUCAGUAAUGAUACCAAGUACAUUAUUCUGACUUAACGCACUUCCAUAGCUGUUAUUAAAAUUAACAAAUUAAAUUGAAAAGAAAAGAGAAAUAAUCUCGGAUAUGACGAAGGUUUCUAUUCUUCCAUUUGUAAUGAUGAGUAAAGUCAGAAAUAAUAAAGAAUUCCAUUUGUUUAA